CUAAAGAACCCUGACCUCUCAUCUGUUACAAACUUAGUUUACUUUGUAUAUUUUCACCAUGGUGGAUACUGUGACCACUGGGCUGAUUUAAAGGACCAGACUGACAACACAAUGUGAGCAAAGAAUAAUUUAUAGAAGUAAACUGUGGAAAAGGAGCUGGCAUAACCUUGACAUGGAGACAGGGCUGAGCCACGAGGAUCUGAAAAUGAAACUGAAUGUUGGCCAGAGAUGAAGCAACAGCAGCACACAUUUUCAUUUAGGAGAGGGCCGUUAGUCCAACCUGUGACACUAAACAUCAGAAGGCCAUAAUAAUAUUAUUUAGACGUUUAAAGGUUUGAAAAUGUGACAGUUUAUUUGGUCAUUUAUCCAGUGGGCUACAAGUUGAGGUCCGUCUUUAUCCAGCCAGAUUUCUCCACUAACUGGCCCGAAUAAGCAGCGUCCUCACAGACAUACGCACAACUGGCACCAGAUCCCCGUGACACUGAAGGAAGCGGGAUUCUCAGACAGGUUCUGCUCCUACCAAGACUUCUCAGCUGCCACAGCACUAACGGGUUAACGCGCUUACUGUCAUAGCAACUGUGUGAUCGUGUUGACAGCAGCCAAACUACGGCUUCGGUUGUUUCACCUGUCCCUCUUCAGUCUCAGCAGCCUGAGGAGGACGCACAGAAAGUCUAAAUUACAGGCUGACUAACUUUUUCCACAGAAACCGGUGUAAAUAAAUGAAAGCACCUGUGCUCACGAAUUCUCAAGAAAGUACACAUGAGCCCAGCGGGCUCCCCAUCUUCUAUCAUCUAUAGAAUGAUAAAUCAACAACUGCCUUUUAGUAUUCAAGGGCUGUUCCCGCAGAGAGAGAACAAAUAUGACAUGAAAGAAAUGUGUAGGCUGCGUUUAAACACACGCACUGCUGCAUUCAUCAAGGAAUAAAAACUGGAGGAUCUUAUCUGGUAUGUAUGACUUGGGCUACCAGGUCUAUUCUCGUUUGCCUAAUUAUGAGAUAGGCUCAUGCUGCGUGAUCUUCUAGCUCUUACAUGUUGUCUGUGAAAUAAAUAUGAGCCGAAACAUCGGGGUGUUUUUAUAAUAGGUCCAUCGUGGAAAACGCCACACUAUGUUUGAACAGAUACAGGAAGCGGGGAACAAGAUGCCGACACUGGUAGCGAGUGUCACUAUGAGCUGCAUCUUGGACGCCUUUUUCUAGCCGAUAUCCGCCUUUAGGGCUGCUAUGUACACCGAACUGACUGACAGGUGGCACUGAAUUACUAUGCGACUAAAGAUUCAUUAAACUCUGGAGGAUUUUCAGGUGAAGUGUUUGUGAACUGAUCUGGAUCCAGUAGCAUGAGUCACUGUGAGGACAGAGAGGAUGGAGGCCUUCCCUCUAAAACCAGUCUGCAUAUGGACCAUGAGAACCAGAACACAGCUCAAAGGCUGAAGCACCAGCAGGCACCAGGGACUCCUGGACCUGGACCUGGACUCAGCGGUGUGUCCUUGAAGAGUGACCAGUCAAUGGAAUAUCCUCUUGCUUUCAGAGCACUUGCUGAUGGAAGGGAACCAUUUAAAACAGACAAAAAAGUGGACCAGCAGAGCUCAGAGGGUCCCAGCGGUCUGUCUGCCCAGCAGCAUCACACACAGCUGGAAUCCAUAUUUAAGCUGCUGGAGGACAACAUUGUUACUUUUGUCAAGGCGGAGCUGAAGAAGAUGCAGAAGCUUCUGAGUCCGGAUUACCCAGAAGGCUCAGAGCAUCAGAGGGAGGAUGAGGUGGUGUUGGAUGGUGUAGAUGAAGAGCAGAGGAGGAGGACCAGAUAUGCAUUUCUGGAGAUCACGGUGAACUUCCUGAGGGGGAUGAAGCAGGAGGAGCUGGCUGACUGUCUGCAGAGCAAAUCUCCUGUCAUCUGCCAGAGGAAACUCAAAUCUACUCUGAAGGAGAAGUUCCAGUGUGUGUUUGAGGGAAUUGCUAAAGCAGGAAACCCAACCCUUCUGAAUCAGAUCUACACAGAGCUCUACAUCACAGAGGGAGGGGCUGGAGAGGUCAAUGAUGAACAUGAGGUCAGACAGAUUGAAACAACAUCCAGGAAACCAGACAGACUAGAAACAACCAUCAGACAUGAAGACAUCUUUAAACCCCCACCUGAAAGAGAUGGACCAAUCAGAAGAGUGAUGACAAAGGGAGUGGCUGGCAUUGGGAAAACAGUAUUAACCCAGAAGUUCACCCUGGACUGGGCUGAAGGCAAAGCCAACCACGACAUCCACUUCACAUUUCCAUUCACUUUCAGAGAGCUGAAUGUGCUGAGAGAGAAAAAGUUCAGCCUGGUGGAACUGGUUCAUCAUUUCUUUACUGAAACCAGAGGAAUCUGCAGCUUUGAAAAUUUCCAGGUCGUCUUCAUCUUUGACGGUCUGGACGAGUGUCGGCUUCCUCUGGACUUCUACGGCACCGAGGUCCUGACUGAUGUCACAGAGUCUGCCUCAGUGGGUGUGCUGCUGACAAACCUCAUCAGGGGGAACUUGCUUCCCUCUGCUCGCCUCUGGAUAACCACAAGACCUGCAGCAGCCAAUCAGAUCCCUCCUGAGUGUGUGGACAUGGCGACAGAGGUCAGAGGAUUCACUGACCCACAAAAGGAGGUGUACUUCAGGAAGAGGUUCAAGGAUGUCUGGCGGGCCAGCCAGAUCAUCUCCCAUAUCAAGAGCUCCCGAAGCCUCCACAUCAUGUGCCACAUCCCAGUUUUCUGCUGGAUCACUGCUACAGUUCUGGAGGCUGUGUUGGAAACAGAGGGGGAAGAAGAGCUGCCCAAGACCCUGACUGAGAUGUACAUCCACUUCCUGGUGGUUCAGCUAAAGCUGAGCAAUGCCAAGUAUCAUGGAACGUCUGAGACAGAUUCACACUGGAGUCCAGAGAACAUGAAGAUGAUUAAGUCUCUGGGAAAACUGGCUUUUGAGCAGCUGCAGAAAGGCAACCUGAUCUUCUACGAGUCAGACCUGACAGAGUGUGGCAUUGAUAUCACAGCAGCCUCCGUGUACUCAGGAGUGUUCACACAGAUCUUUAAAGAGGAGAGAGGACUGUACCAGGACCGGGUGUUCUGCUUCAUUCAUCUGAGUGUUCAGGAGUUUCUGGCUGCUCUUCAUGCUCAUCUGACCUUCACCUCCUCUAGAGUCAAUCUGCUGGCAGAAGAACAAACAACCUCCCAGCAGUCUGGAACAAGAGAAGGCAAAUCUGCAGAGACACUCUUCUACCAGACAGCUGUAGACAAGGCUUUAGAGAGUCCCAAUGGACACCUGGACUUGUUCCUUCGCUUCCUCCUGGGCCUUUCAAUGCAGACUAAUCAGACUAUUCUACGAGGCCUGCUGACACAGACAGAAAGUGGCUCACAGACCAAACAGGAAACAGCUGAGUACAUUAAAACAAAGGUCAGUGAGGAUCUGUCUCUAGAGAGAAGCAUCAACCUGUUCCACUGUCUGAAUGAACUGAAUGACCGUUCUCUAGUGGCGGAGAUCCAGCAGUUCCUGAAAUCAGGAAGUCUCUCCACAGAUAAACUGUCUCCUGCCCAGUGGUCGACUCUGGUCUUCAUCUUACUGUCAUCAUCAGACAAAGAGCUGGAUGUGUUUGACCUGAAGAAAUACUCUGCUUCAGAGGAGGCUCUUCUGAGGCUGCUGCCUGUGGUCAAAGCUUCCAACAAAGCUCUACUCAGCGGUUGUAACCUGUCAGAGAGGAGCUGUGAAGCUCUGUCCUCGGUUCUCAGCUCCCAGUCCUCUAGUCUGACAGAGCUGGACCUGAGUAACAAUGACUUGCAGGAUUCAGGAGUCAAACUGCUGUCUGCUGGACUGGCGAGUCCAGACUGUAACCUGGGAAUGCUCAGUCUUUCAGGUUGUCUGGUCACAGAGGAAGGCUGUGCUUCUCUGGCCUCAGCUCUGAGCUCCAACCCCUCCCAUCUAAGAGAGCUGGACCUGAGCUACAAUAUUCCAGGAGACUCAGGAUUGAAGCUGCUGUUUGAUGGACUGGAGUGUCCACACUGGAGACUGGACACUCUCAGGGUGGAGCCUGCUGGAGACCAGUGGUUGACACCAGGUCUGAGGAAGUACUCCUGUCAACCCACAAUCGACACUAACACAGUGUACAACAAGCUCAAACUGUCUGAUGACAUCAGGAAUGUGACCUAUGUGGAGGGUGAGGUUCAGCCAUAUCCUGAUCAUCCAGACAGGUUCGACCACUGGCCUCAGCUGCUGUGUACAACUGGUCUGACUGGUCGCUGCUACUGGGAGGUCGAGUGGAGCGGAAGGGUUGAUAUAUCAGUGAGUUACAAUAAAAUCAGAAGGAAAGGAAACGGUCAAGACUGUGUGGUUGGAAGGAACGAUUUGUCCUGGACCCUGGACUGCUCCAGUGUUGGUUAUUACAAUGUCUAUCACAAUGGCAAAGCAACAUCUGUCCCCUUCUCCUCGUCCUUGAGCUCUAACAGAGUAGCAGUGUAUGUGGACUGUCCUGCUGGCAUCCUGUCCUACUACAGAGUCUGCUCUGACAACACACUAAUCCACCUCCACACCUUCAACACCACAUUCACUGAACCUCUGUAUCCUGGGUUCGCAGUCUGGACCCGGCCUGGUUCAUCAGUGUCUCUGUGUUAAGUGUAGCAAAG